AAAAUUGAUUAUGAAACCCACGGAUUAGGAAGCAAGAGUCAACUAUUGUUCCUUUCCAUUGUCUCCAUCGACCCCAGUUAUUCCAUUACUGAUUAAAAUUAUCUUUGACUCACCAACAACAAGAACACCCAAAUCACUCUAACCAUUUUUCUCUCUUUCUCUACUGUUUUCUCAUGCCAUGAUUCUUAGAGGGAGAGUGAGAGAGAAUGAUAACGGUGAUCCAGAGAGCAGUUAAACCGAACACAAUCUACUAACUUGGUAUGGUUUCCCUCUUUCUUCAGUUAAACCCUGAAGAAAGAAAAACUCAGUUUUCAUUUCUUUGAAUACUCAAACGGGAAACGACAAUGUUGGUCUCUCAAUCGAAGAUCGGUUGUGGCAAUUCAAGAUCCCAACAUUGCAAUUAUCAAGUUAAUUGAUCCCCUGAUAUGAUCAUAUGAAGAACCAGAAGAUUUGAACGAUGAAAUCCACCACUCCUCUUGAUUACGCAGCAUUCCAUCUCUCACCAAAACGAUCAAAAUGUGAACUAUAUGUGUCUAGUGGUGGAAACACUGAAAAGAUUGCAUCAGGUUUAGUGAAGCCAUUUGUGAGUCACUUGAAGGUCGCUGAAGAACAAGUUGCAUUGUCAUUUCAAUCUAUAAAACUUGAAGUUGAUAAUCAAAAAAAGUUUGAAACAUGGUUCACAAAAGGAACAUUGGAGAGAUUUGUACGUUUUGUUAGUACACCCGAGGUUUUAGAACUAGUGAGCUCCUUUGAUGCUGAAAUGUCUCAACUUGAAGCUGCUCGUAAAAUAUAUUCACAGGGAUCAUCAAGCUUAGGAACAGGGGCGGAUGCAACAAAGAAAGAACUUUUAAGGGCAAUUGAUGUAAGGCUGGCGACUGUGAAGAAAGAUUUGGUUACGGCUUGUGGGCGGGCGGGGGCAGCUGGGUUUGACCAUAAAUCGGUAUUUGACCUUCGAUUCUUUGCAGAGAGGUUUGGUGCCACUCGUUUAAACGAAGCUUGUUCUCAAUACAUUUCACUCUACGACAGAAGGCCGGAGUUGUUCAACAAUCCAUCAUGGAAGUCCGACGUCGGAGAUCAAGCAAUCCGGUCAUCUUACACCUCCGACGACAUGUCCUUCGAAGAUGAUCUACCAACCACCACCGCUGAACAAUCUUCAUCAACCACUCCCCCAGCCACCCAAAUUCCUCUCCUCCGCCGCCAGCUUUCCUUUAAGAGGUGGUGGCGCUCAUGCAGAAGUCAGACAGCUACUCAGACGACGUCGUCUUCUAGGCGGCUCAGCGUACAAGACCGUAUUAACCUUUUCGAGAACAAACAGAAAGAGGUGGGAUCCGGUUCCGGUUCCGGUUCCGCCGCCGGAAGUGGCGUUGGCAUCAAACCGGAGCUUCGUCGGCUCUCUUCUGAUGUUUCACAUUCUUCAUCAUCUCCUUCGCCUGUUUUGAAAAGAUGGAGUGGCGACAACGAGAAGAAGGAAAAGGAAAGAUUAUAA